AUGAGGCUCGAGAAUAUCGUCCUGCCCGGGCGCGACCCUUCGUCUCGUUGGGAGGUGGGCGUGGCAGCGGGCAAAAUCACGUCCAUCAGACCGUCACCAGACUCGUUCUCGCCUUCAGACCCGGCAUCGCUUCUUCUCCCAUCGCUCUGCCAUCCCCACAUCCACCUCGACAAAGCGUACCUCUUAACCGGCAACAGUCAACAUCAUCCCUCGCGGUCACAGCCCACUAGUAGGUCAGACGAACUUCCGGACUACACCGACUUGACUCCACAGAGCGGCUCUUUCAGCGAAGCCCUCGCGUUCACGUCGCGCGCCAAACAACGCUACACGCCGGCGGAUCUACACCUGCGCGGCUCACAGCUGUUGGCCACGUCUUUGCUGCAAGGCGUCACAUCAUGCCGGGCGUUCGUCGAGCUCGACCACGUCACAGGCGACAAGUGCCUGGAAGUCGCUGUCGCGCUGAAACGGGGAUUUAACGACAAACUGAGACUGCAGAUCUGCGCGUUUGCACAAGACCCGAUUUUCAGCACGGAGCACGCCGAGGAGAAUCGACGGAUCCUCAAUCACGCUCUGCAGCAGUACGAGUCUGAGAUCGAGGCUCUUGGUACGACGCCAUACGUGGAAGAAACCCCCGAGGCGAGCGAGCGGAAUAUCCGGUGGGCCAUCGAGACGGCGCUCGCAUAUUCGUUACACCUUGAUUUCCACCUCGAUUAUAACCUGGACAAGGACCGGGCGCCGAUGGUCUGGGAUGUGCUCCGGCUGCUCAAGCAGGCGAGAUGGAACGAGCGGGCGGAGAAAGGCAAGACGAUCGUGUUGGGCCACUGCUCGCGAUUGACGCUGUGCAGUGAUGUCGAAUUGGUCGUGCUGGCCAAGGCGAUCAGAGACUCGGAGCUGCCAAUCCAUUUCGUCGGGUUGCCCACCAGCGAUCUCUUCAUGAUGGGUCGUCCGCAGUCUACAGAGGCACGGCCAGAGCCCUCAGGCCUGCAGGCGCAAGACCAGUCUGCACAUCGCCCCCGCGGAACACUCCAGGUGCUGGACAUGAUUCAUCGGUUGGGGCUGUCUGCCUGUUUGUCGGUCAACAAUGUCGGCAAUGCGUUUACGCCGUGGGGUACUGGAGACCCUUUGAGUCUCGCGUCCCUGGGUGUGGGAAUCUAUCAGGCUGGCACGGACGACGAUGCGAGAACACUAUUUGAAUGUGUCAGUUCGCGGGCAAGACGGGCCUUGGGACUGUCGAUCGAGAAGGCCGCUGAGAAGGCCGCACGAGGCCAGGAUGUGCAGCAGACUGAUAUGUCGGUGGUAGAGGCUGAUGGCGACACCCUGGAUCUCAAAGAAGGCCGGACCGGCCCGUUCCUGCUCAUUCGGAACGAAGAGUGGGUUGGAUGUCCCGGCCACCUGGGCCUCAAAGUUCCUGCCCGCCAGCGCGUCCGUGUCAGAGACGUGGUGUGGGAUCCGCCGGAGAUAGUGCUUAGGCAGGUCAUCUAUUAG